GGUCCCAAGAUAAGUCGGGGGUUCACAGAUGAUUAUAAAGAUUAUUUUUACUCUUUACUCUAAACUUCUUGUGUAAUACUUGGUACUCACCUCUCCCAGCCUCUAAAUAUCAUUUAAAUGAAACUCUGAGAAAGAAAAAGUCCUGUUCGGUUAAACUGCUCGCAACUCUUGUCCAGAACCUGUAGGGGGGCUGAGGGGGGUCUCGAGUGGACUUUGAUUCUUCUUAAUGGGUCACCAAUGGGAACCACUGGGCUAGACAAACCCAAACUUGCUAGGACACUUUCUAAUGAUCACCAGUUAUUUAAUAAUGUGCAGCCAGUCUAAUCUCUUGGAACUUCUUUGGGCAAAUCCUCACUAGGUGUGUCGCAUUUACUACCUGCCAGGUUACCCACAGUCCUGCAUAAUGCAGGACGGAUGACACAACGUGUGUUAUAAAUGGUAAACCCACCUGAACCAGGAAUCCUGGUUACAGGCCGAACACGUAAGAAGACACAGACUGCAGCCUCCUUAUGCAGCACAAAACAAAACACAACCAAAAUGUGCGCUCUUUCCUAAAAAAAAAAAAAAAAAAAAAAAAAAAAAAAAACUACACCUCACUUCUCGGUAGGCCAAUGUGCCACUGAUGAUCAGAUCCUACCACGUUUUCAUCCACCGCUACAUCACCAGAGCGGUAACAAAUCACGGGCAGGUAAUUUUGUUGUUUUGUUUUGUUUUUUUGGGAUGUUGCCUGAUAGUAGAGAGCCCACCUCCCUUCCUUCACUAUCGUAGUAAAACAGACCGCCUCGUAGACGCGCGGAGUGGCACAUCUCCAAUACGCAGUGUGCAUCUCCUGUCCUGGCUGUUAGAUUUGCUUUCGUCUGUGAAAAGAAAACCACGGCUGCUGCCUCACACGGAACAAGCGCUGCGGAUAUUCAGACACCAAAAAAAAAACCCCAACAAAACCCCGAAACGCGAUGUUUUACAUUUAGACAUUUAAUCUUCCAGGAGUGCAGGAUCACCUUUUUAUUGUUUUACACGCGUCUUAUCUCUCGCUUCUGAGUUGUUGGAGGGGUUGCAGGGGCGAGCAUGACAGCAUGACAAUGGUGCAAGGCUGGUUGACAGCAGGACGAUGCGUUUUUUUGUUUUAGUCCUUUUUGCUUUUUGACUUUUGAGGGAUGGGAUCUUUGCCGGAGCAGUCGCCGAGAACUACAGCUGUUUAUUUUGUAUAUUCCGACUUGAAAAUAUUCCUACUUUCUGUGUGUGUUAUGGUAAACAUCUGGUGCCUCGUCCAGUCCGCUCUUUUCUCACCUUUCUCCUCGCAUCCGCCGCAGCGCAUCUCUAAUUGCAGCGACUCCGAGCAUCUUAAUUGAUGGAAAUCCUGCACAUCGGACACUGACCUCGAGUUACGCCAUUUAUCAGCUCACUGCAGGCUGAAACACAGCGACUCUGCUGUUUUGUGGAUGUUAUUGUCCUUUUUUGGUGCUGCUGUCUUAGUCGUUCAUCCGGUCGGUCGUACCCUUCAGUGACAAUGCCGGUGAACGCGCUGCCCCGCGGCGGCAGCAGCGGCAUGGGCGGCCCGGGGUCCCUGAGCCCAGCGUCGCUGUCCCGCAGCCUGUCCCGGCUAAGGGAGUACCGGACCCGGACGAGGAUCAUGCUGGCUCUGGGAGUCUCUCAGAUGGUCCUGGGGAGUCUCAUCCUGGCCGUCAGCUUCGCGGCUCUGGCUCUCACCACAUCACCCCGAGUCCGGCACUCCUGUCCCUUCUGGGCAGGUUUCUCUGUGCUGCUCUCUGGACUGAUCGGAGUGGUGUCAUGGAAGAGGCCGCUCUCUCUCGUGAUCACAUUCUUCAUGCUGCUGUCAGCAGUCUGUGUGAUGCUCAACCUGGCGGGCUCCAUCCUCUCCUGCCAAAAUGCUCAGCUGGUCAACUCUCUGGAAGACUGUCAGCUGUGUGGAUGUGUGUUCUCCCCUCUUCCCCCCCAGCUCAAGUUUGACAGCGAUGGAGUGUGUGUAUGCUGCGAGCUACAGCAGCAGAGUUUGAGCUGCAACAACUUGGGAGAGACGCUGAAAUUGAAUCCGCUGAGGGACUGCAAUACCAUACGUCUACGUCUCAAGGAGCUGCUGUUCAGCGUAUGUGCCCUUAACGUCAUCUCCACCAUUGUGUGUGCUCUAGCCACUGCCAUGUGCUGUAUGCAGAUGGUCUCAACUGAUGUGCUGCAGAUGUUUAUGCCACACAGAGCGCGAGCCCUAAAUGCUGACUGUAUGACCCCCCAUGGAACCAUCCUCCACCAAACACUGGACUUUGAUGAGUUUAUUCCUCCCAUUCCCCCACCACCAUACUACCCCCCAGAGUACACCUGCACCCCCUCAAUGGAUGGACAGAGAGGCCUGCACUUGGACUUCCCCCAUUCUCCCUUCAGUGCUAUCUAUGGGGUGCCCAUCAACAGCCCAGGGACACUGUACCCAACUGACCUGCCUCCUCCGUAUGAGUCUGUGGUGGGGCAGACGCCUGCCAGCCAGGUCACCACCAGCAUAGAGCAACAGGCCACUGAAUCCAGUCUGUGUGAGAGAAACACUACUGCAGGACUCAGCACUCAGGCCUCGGUGGACAGUGCGUCACUGAUGGUGUCCGAGGUGGCUGAUCAGGACCAGACUUGCUCCUCAGAGGACUUGUGCUCCCUGGAGGUCCAGGGCUCUGACUCCUCUCCGUAUGGCAUGCUCCAAACUGCCCCCAUCGAUGGAAGUUGCACCAGCCUGGAACUUUGUACACGUCAUCGUGGCCUGCCAAACACUGACGCUCGCCCCACUGAUACAGGAUACAGUGAGUCCUCACACACCCAGGAGUCUCUGGAACGCUCUCCGGACUGGUCCUCAGAAAACUACAGCAAUCUGGACCAGGAGGAUUCCACGGACAACACACAUCCAUGUGAGGAACUCAGGGCUGCAAUGCACAUAUGUGACGAGCUUGCAUCAGCCAAACAUUUACCAGAAGAGCCACCUAAAGCGUCAACACACUCCCUCAUUAAAGCACGAAUGAUGAGCCGGAAGCUCACACUCCCUGUCACUCUCCCCCCGCCACCUCAGCCUUGCUCCCCCACCUCUGUGGCCUCCUCUGGUGGAACUUCAGCCAUCAGCCCUUUGGCUCCUUCUCCUUCCCCUUCCCCUCCUAGCAGGCCACGCGGCGCCAGGCUGUGCUUCAGUGUUUGGUCACCCUCCUCCACAUCACAACCCCCCUCUACCUCAGCCCAAAGUGGCUACUCACCCUCAGAAAGACCUCGGGUGUUCCGAGCAGCCAGGAGGUACCGCAAACUGGCACGCAUAGUCCGUUCCACCAGUGACCCUAUCUCCUGCUCCUCUACGACAGGAAGAGAAAAUGUAAGCUGCGCCUCUGCAAAUAUCCCUGCUGCUGAAGAUUCAACUCAUACAUCACCAGAGCAAGAGCCAACAGAUGUUUCAAGAGACGUAGUUGGAGCAAAACCCAGUCACAUAUGUGUCAGGAAGCAGCAAAAGGAGGGCAGGAAAGUUGACAUCCACCUUAAACCCAGAGCCUUGCACACACACUCCUCCCACGAACGCCCACACUCCCUGGCUGACCUGAAGAUGUACAAAGACACCAAAAUACUGGUGGCCAAGUUCCUGGAGCAUUCAAGCUGCAGUCUACCUCCUGAAGUCCAGCAGGUUGUCAACAACAUCAAGUGUGUCAUCAAAUCAGAUGAGAAACACAUGGAGGAGGCCAUUUUUAGUGCCAAUGUCAUAGAUCAGGUGAUGACCCAGCACAUCAUUGGUAGUUCUAGGAAGCAUGGCCACGAGGAUCUUCACCUUCAGAGCUGUGGUGCUUUGAGUUCGUCCCCUUCCAUGCGCCGUCCAAAACACCUCCCACAGACAGCCAUCGCCUCCACCAACCCACUGGACUCCCCCUCCUCUGAACAAAGCCUUGAGUGCAAAGAAACUAUUCUCUGACCACUCUCCCAGCAAGGACUUGGAUCAAAACUCUGAGGACAUUUCAGGAAGCUGGUGUUGCAGCCACACUGUGCUGUGCAGCAGAUGUCUGUACAGUAAUUAAUAACUCUUCCAGCACUGAAAGAUCAUUUAUUUUUACAGUGUGUCUGCAGCACAGGCAAACUGAAAUGGUCUCAUACUGAAUCUCCUAGUGCCCUGUGAGACCUUGCCAAGUCAUCAGCAGAAUGGUAGCAAACUCAGACUGAGCCUGCCAGUGUCUGUAAGUGGCUUCUUUCUCAUCAGAAAAACAAAAGAAUGUUUCUCCCUCAGGGGAUCUUUUCUACAGAGUUUCAUCUCUUAAAAAAAGAAACAAAUACACAGCUGAUAAGUUUGGAUCUGGGACUGAAAGACAAAGGAGAUUGUGUUAUCAGUAUUCCUCCUGUCCUUAUAAGUAAUGGAAAGAAAUAUGUUUGUAUUAGACUGUGAACUGACUGGGCAUUACUAGCCAUUGUUUGCAGACUUUGUGGAACUGUUACUGAUAGGGUGGUGAGUAUUUUGUGGUGCCGCUGGUUCAAGAACAUCACAGAUGUGGAUUAUUUAACUUACCUCAUUGUGUUACAAUUCUUAUCAGUGUUACAAUAAAAUAUGAGUUUGUAUCUUG